AUGUUAUCGUUGAGACCCUUUUUGGAGGACCCUUUGCAGACUAGUCCAGCGCGAGCCUAUUUGGACCCCUGUGAAGACAGUGGAGUUGGCACCGUCACUCUGGUGCUCGGUCCCAAAUCACGGCUGAUCCCUCUUUUGGACGAAUUGGGCCCCCAACAAACAGUCUCCAACGUGUUUAUUGAUCUGUUUCGUGUCCAUGCCUGUUUGAUGGAGUGGGCAGUGUCAAUCUCGGGCCCACCGCAGAGGGUCUGGGAUAUCUACUCUUUGGAAAACACCGCCGUUACCCACAAACAACGGGCCCCGCUUCAGAAAAUGGACCUCAACACCAACACCACCAUCGCCAAACAGUACAGAGUGCUCCGACAAGAAGCAGGGUCGCUCAUCGGGAAGAAAGGACGAGACAUCGAAAAGAUCCGAGAGCAAACAACCGCAAAAAUCAAGAUCCACUCGCCAGACGAGCUGGACCUGAAAACUAAUCAAACACAACUCAUAGAAGUCUCCGGAUCAAAAGAAGAAGUGCUCCACGCGGAACGACUGAUCCAAACAAAAAUCUUCAACUACCGUGCUACCAAAAGUUGA